AUGGAUCCUAACCAGAACCCUCAAGACGGUGAGAAGACUGAGAAUAUGGCCCCUUUGGGAAGACAGCAUACCUAUUUAUCGAUCUCCACCCUACCCGCCUUUGGGCGCAUACCAGAGCAGGUUCGCGAACUGAAGCCCAUCGCCAUCGUCGAUAACCAAGGUAACUUGGUUGGACUACAAGUCGUCAACCUAGAUGGAGGACCACAAACCAACGUCAUGGACAGCAACCAGAUUUGCGGCGGUGCCAUCAUCCACAAAGGCAACUAUAAUGACUUGGCUGGUCAGAUCAACCUGCAUAAAUGUCCCUACCACGUGCUCACCUUGAGUUCCUCACGACACUGGAACCUAGCUAUGGCUGUCGGCAUGCGCAGUGCCCCGAUGACCCUCCGCUUCGUUAGCUCAGUGAAUAGGGACGCCAAACCGAUUGACCUAGUGGAUGGAAACAAGGGAGAGAAUGACGAGAGUGUGGUGAUAUUGAUGCCUCGGGGCGUCCCCUUUGCCCGAAGUGGACACCCUCCAAUCCCUAUCAAUGGACCACGCCCUCGGUUGGUUAUGGAGGGUAUGCUAGUUGGAAGACAUCAUGCCGAGGCGUCAGAGAUCUGUCAAUUUUACUUCAAGGAGCUUCAGUAG